AUCCGGAACUUCCUGAGUUGAGCGCUGCUGCUCUGCGUAGCAGUGGCUGCCCCGCCACCGGGACCAUGGUGUUCUACUUCACCAGCAGCAGCGUUAAUUCAUCUGCUUACACUAUUUACAUGGGAAAGGAUAAAUAUGAAAAUGAAGAUCUAAUAAAGUAUGGCUGGCCUGAAGAUAUUUGGUUUCAUGUGGACAAACUCUCUUCGGCUCAUGUAUACCUUCGAUUACAUAAGGGGGAGAAGAUAGAAGACAUUCCAAAGGAAGUGCUGAUGGACUGUGCACACCUUGUGAAGGCCAAUAGCAUUCAAGGCUGCAAGAUGAACAACGUUAAUGUGGUAUAUACACCGUGGUCUAACCUGAAGAAAACAGCUGACAUGGAUGUGGGACAGAUAGGCUUUCACAGGCAAAAGGAUGUAAAAAUUGUGACAGUGGAGAAGAAAGUGAAUGAGAUAUUGAACCGAUUAGAAAAGACCAAAAUGGAGCGGUUCCCAGACCUAGCAGCAGAGAAAGAAUGCAGAGACCGUGAAGAGAGGAAUGAAAAAAAAGCCCAAAUUCAAGAAAUGAAAAGGAAAGAAAAAGAAGAAAUGAAGAAGAAGAGGGAAAUGGAUGAACUUAGGAGCUAUUCAUCACUAAUGAAAGUUGAGAAUAUGUCUUCAAAUCAGGACGGCAAUGAUUCAGAUGAAUUCAUGUGAAUGGAGAAAAGGACCUUUGAAAGAUGUGAAUUUAGGGACAGUUGCAGACGUCUUGAUUUCAGCUAUGUUCUGAAUUAUAAAAAGCAAACAACCAAAAUUCUACCUUGAUUCUACACAAAUAUUAUUAAUUUUGGAAAUUUAAAAAAUAUAGUUCUCUUUUUUGCUGACAGAAAAGGAUCAGAUAUAAGUAAUACAAUUGAACUCGCAGACAGCAUAGAACUUCAGGAAAGUGAAAAUAUUUUUGUCAGAACAUGUCUUGGUUAUCUCCUGAAAGUUGGCUGCCCUUGUUUUUUAGGUAGACUUUAGAAAGAACCAACUCUGAAAAAUACUUCUUUUACUUGAUCUGUCCCUGAAAGACGAUGUCCUGAAAAGCUUUUCAUAUUCUUAAAAUAUCUUCCCCUCGUGAAGAAGAAUGUGUUGGUGGGCAAUAAAUGUGAGUCUUCCCCCACCCCUGAUUUCCUGAUUAGAAAAAAAUGGCACAUAAGCAUAUGGGUUUUAAAGAUGAUAGUGUUACCUUCAGAAGACUGCUGGCUUCAAUACUCACGUUCCGUGUGUUGUCUGAGUCUGUUAGCACAGUGACCAUCAGACUCAGAGCUUGUCGUAGUUUCUGUAGCCUUGCUUUCUUAGAGUGAGAGCCUCCAUCUUAGAACCAUCCUACUAAAUAGUUGGUGUUAAUCAUGGUUGGGCCUGUGUAAGUUUUUACCUGAGCACCGAGUAACUCAAGCCAUGUAUUACAACUUCCAGGCUCUGGAGUAAUUUCUCAGCAGCAGGGUGAGAAAUAGAAAAGGGUUCUCUGUGAAUCAUUUUGGAAAUGUAAGUUACCUGAUUUUUGUCUUGGGAUGCAGCAUGAAGCAAAAGUCCACAUUGUAAUUAUGAUUUUUUAGAAAUAAUCAAGUAUUUCACUAGC